GCGCUUCCAAACCGAUUUUAGAGGAGAGAUCAGGAUCAUAUCGGAAAAUUAUGAAGCGGCAGGGAUUUGGGUCGCAAUAGAGUCUAGAAGCACAAGUCACGUGCUAUGCGCUCCAACGAGCGACAACGGAAACCGAGGUUCUAAUGUUCACAAGGCUUGGGCCACCGCGGUUGAAUCGAAAACAACGAGGUUCUUCACCACCCUAUAAGAUGGUGAACUCCGAGUCAGCACGAGAAGUCUGUCAGAGAGCUUUUUUUUGAAGUAGUCGAGGGUGGUCACGAUGCGUGAAGCAUGACUGAGGUGUCAGUUCGAGAACAUAGAGCUAAUAUCCUCAUUAUUUGGCAGGGGGCGCCAGACAGGCUGCAUCAUGGUAAGGUAUCAAUGCAAGGAUAAGUAAUACAUACUUUCGAACAUUCAUGCAGUUGGUCGGGUUUCUCAAGCACGCGCUUCAGGAAUCGAUGAGUCUCAGCUUCCUCGGUCUGGCCGUAUAUGCCCCAUGCGGCGUGGCUGCCAAUGAUACGGUGGCGUUUUUUGCGGUACCUGCGAAAACGGAGUCAGAGUAUAGUGCCUGUAUGUCCAGCAUGUUCAUUGUAGUCUUGACAGAGUUCAGCACAAUAAUGCGCCAACCGAGAACCUCAAUAUGCGAGAUAUCACCAUACUUUUUUCCCCGCUGUCAACCGGGCUUGAUGUGAGGCGUGUCUGAAACGUGGCCAACGAAUGGGCACCCCGGGGGACCAGGGUGAAUAUAAUGCAGGUUUACAUUAAUAGAAAACAGGCUUGUCUGAGCGAGGACAACGACUGCGGACGGCAAGUUUCAUUUGUGCGACCACGGUGGUAACUCCAUACGUAAUACCUGGCCACUUUGGCCACUGG